GUGCUGGGCGGGAGCUUCGGGAGCCGGCGCACGGGACUCGAACCCCAAGGGCUCCCGCCGCCAGGUCCACGUGGACCCUGGGCCGCAGUGGAACUGGAGCCCGCCCCCCGCGCGUGGGGGAGGGGGCGCUGCAGUCGGGUUCCCCUUUUUCUGGAGCUCAAAGCCUGGGGAAGUGAUUGCUCAAAGGUGGGGGCCGGAAGAACCCAGGUUUCCGCGUCUCCCUCCCCCUCUCAGCCCGGUGAGGAGGGGCCGGGGCGGGACACCCUGUCCGCCCCCGCCCCCACCCCGCUGGAUCUGGCAGCCACUCAGCCCUUCGAGCUGUAGGGGAGGCGCUGCGCCCCCCGGCCCCAGCCGAUCGGGGGCUCCUGGCGCUAGCUAGCCUCCCUCCAGAGCGCCGCAGGAGUCCCUCCUGCCGUCUGACUUGAGUCCCUGCUGCUGCAGUGCACGCCCCUUCGGCAGCCAGGGUGGGGCCCAGACCCAACCUGGCCCCUCCUGCCCCCACCCCGCCUUUGGGUCGCUGACCCCCAGGCUGUGGUGAGGGUCUGAGAGCUGGUACCACGGAGCCUGGGCAACCUCCUCCGCCCACCCAUGCCCACCCCGCAUGAGGCUGAGAAGCAGAUCACAGGGCCAGAGGAGGCGGACCGGCCCCCUUCAAUGUCCAGUCAUGAUGCAGCCUCUCCAGCGGCCCCCAGCCGCAACCCCUGCUGCCUGUGCUGGUGCUGCUGCUGUAGCUGCUCCUGGAACCAAGAGCGGCGGCGAGCGUGGCAGGCCUCCCGGGAGAGCAAGCUGCAGCCCCUCCCCAGCUGUGAAGUAUGUGCCACGCCAAGUCCUGAGGAGGUGCAGAGCUGGGCGCAGUCUUUUGACAAGCUGAUGCACAGCCCAGCGGGACGCAGCGUGUUCCGGGCGUUCCUGCGGACAGAGUACAGCGAGGAGAACAUGCUCUUCUGGCUGGCCUGCGAGGAGCUGAAGGCCGAGGCCAACCAGCAUGUGGUAGACGAGAAGGCGAGGCUCAUCUACGAGGACUACGUGUCCAUCCUGUCCCCCAAGGAGGUGAGCCUGGACUCCCGUGUGCGGGAGGGCAUCAACAAGAAGAUGCAGGAGCCGUCUGCACACACGUUCGACGACGCGCAGCUGCAGAUCUACACGCUCAUGCACCGGGACUCCUACCCACGCUUCCUCAGCUCUCCCACCUACCGUGCCCUGCUGCUGCAGGGACCCUCACAGUCCUCCUCCGAGGCCUAGGCCGCCCCCAGCAGCACAGACUCCGCCGCCUCCUAUGGCCGACUCUGGGUUCCCUUCAGGUGUUGGUGUCGGCAGGGCUGUCGGGGCGCACGCCUGGCUGGCUGGAGUCCCCACCCGCGGAGACGGUCCUAGACCCAGUGAGGAGCGCUGUGUCUCCUGGCUCUGCCCACCCGUGGCCAAGCAGGAACUCCAGGUGCAGGGCGGGCCAGAAGCCCCCUCAUCGGCCCGCAGAUGGCUGGCCCGGUGCUCCUGGCUGGGGGCUCUUGCGUGGUGAGAGUAGGGGUCCCCCCAGGAGCCUCGCUGGGGCCUCCUCCCCAGGCAGCCGAUGGGCCCCAGACAAGCCUUUGGUGGGGAACAGAACCUCCGCAUCGUGUAGUUUUGUGACAUAAGGAGACCUCCUACUUGAGCUGUCUGUACCCCAAAAUCAAACCCAGAACCUCAGAACCAGAUGUAGGACCUCAGAAUCCUGCACUCAAGGUGGCAGGACCCAACUUCUGUUUUAUAUGUUCAUGAACUUUAAACUUGGAAACAUGUCCUUACUAGGUGUUUUAUCAAAAAGAGGUUUUCAUAUUUAUCUCUAUCCCUAACCCCCCAAAAAUAGGAUGUCUUAUUAUUGAAGAUAUUUUUAAAGCAAAA